AUGGGCAAUAUCUCGUCUAAGAAUGAGUUUCCGGUAGAUGGAAAGACAGUAGUCAUCACCGGUGGCUCAAGAGGAAUGGGCCAAGAGGUUGGACGGCAACUUUCCGAAAAAGGCGCCAACAUAGUAAUCAUCGCGCGAGAUGUGGAAAAGUUGCUCCAAGCUAUCGAAUACAUCAAAGAAGGCGCUAUCAAUCCCCAAACCCAGCGUUUCCAUCAUAUAAGCGCCGAUUUGAGCUCCCCAGAUGAAUGCGUUCGUGUUAUUGACGACGUCGUGGAAUGGAAUCGCGGAAUUCCUCCAGAUACCGUGUGGUGUUGUGCAGGUAGUUCCUACCCUACCCUCUUCAUCGAUACUCCCGUAUCCCAGCUACAGUCUCAGAUAAAUAAUAAUUAUCUCACGAGCGCAUACAUGGCGCACGCGACCUUAAGAAGCUGGCUCAAACCACUCGAGGAAAGAAAAGCUCGUAUCGAAGAUAAAAUGCACGAUAAUACUAGCCAUACCAAAAAUACUCCUCCUCCAGCUCGCCAUCUCAUCUUCACCGCUUCCUUCCUCGCUUUCUUCAGUUUCGCAGGCUACGGAGCUUAUAGUCCCGCCAAAGCGGCGCUGCGCUCUCUUUCCGAUACUCUAUCUCAAGAAAUGAAUCUCUAUGCCUCUGCAUUUCCUAGCGCGCCUCGUGUUCAUCUCCACACGAUAUUCCCCGCUACGAUAUUAACCGAAUCAUACGAGGCUGAAAAUCGCAUCAAACAUGGUCUUACGAAACAACUUGAAGAUGGCGAUGAGGGACAGACGCCGCAGAUGGUAGCUCAGAGGAGUAUUCAGGGUUUAGAAGCUGGAAGGGAACUUAUUACGACGGAUUUGCUGACGGGUUUGGUGAGGGGGAGUAUGCUUGGGGGGAGUGUGAGGGGGGGUUUUGUGAGAGUGAUUCUGGAUUGGUUGUUAGCGGGUCUGAUGGGGAUUGUUAUGGUAAUCCUCGACCAGAACGCCCGGGAUUGGGAUUUCGAUUAUAAGCUUAAAACUUUUGAGCAGAAGAAGAAGAAGAAUAUACUUACUUGGCAAACUCGCGAAACAUGA